AUGUCAACGCCAGAAAGCAGACGUAGAUCGCACGACCAUUCCAAUAAAAAAGACAAAUACAAUGGUUCUUACGCAGAAGGUCGAGACAGCUACAAUUCUCACCCCUAUUCCGUAUCUGAAGCUUCCCAUAAACCCCGGAAUCACCAAAUCACUCAUCGACCACUUCGUGAGGGUAGUGAUUUAUCAUCUGUCGAAGAAAUCAGAAGAGACUUUUCUCCUCCAGGAAUCGAUUCAUAUCCACAAAGAGGCAAUUGGUACAGUCCAUCUAUUCGUACUCGCUUAGAUAAAUAUGGGACUCACCAAGGUAGUUCAAGAAGCUUUAGGGAUCUGAAUUGCUCAUACAGCGAUAUAGAAAGUCGUCCUGAUCGACAAAGUUCGCUUUCUCUUAGGAAAAAAAAAGAUCGUCAUCAUUCCCUCUCUCGUAAUGAAAUGAUCAUGGCAGCUGUAGGUGGAGCCGCAUUAGCUGUUGGCGGUAAAGAGUUAUGGGACCGUCGAAACUCGAAUAAACGAACAGCUCCUACGAAUAAUAUUCACAAGGCAGUGAUCGGUGCCGCUGGAGCCCUAGCUGGAUACGAAGGAGCUGAAAUCUUCUCGAAGCAUUCUCUAGAAACGAAUGAGAAUAAUUCGGAUCGAGCACACCAAAAUAACAUGGGCAGUAGGCAGAAUAAUUAUCAUUACUCGGAAAGUGAUAGAAGAAUUAGGUCCAGGAAAACAAAACCCAUGAAUAGGAGGGAUAGUGAAAAUAUUGAUACCCGAAGUCUUAACAUUCUACCGCCCGAGAGUGUCGCCUAUCUACAACAAGCUGCCAGGGCUGCUCUUUUAGCUGGAGCGACUGAAGCAUUCCGAGUCCGGAAUGAGCCUGGAGGGUGGUCGGGAGAAAAGGGCAAGCGAAUUUUAACUGCUGCUAUUGGAGCAAGUGCUGUCGAUGCUGCGGGUGAUAGGAAGCACCAUAUAUUAGAAGCAGUAGUUGCAGGACUUGCGGGUAAUCAAUUGAUCAACGGCUCAAGGCACAAAGAUGAGAGCCGAUCAUCCCGAAGUAGAUCCCGCAUCCGAUCCCGUUCCCAGGGACCAGUCAGGGACACAAAAGAUAAUCUAGCUGCGCUGGCAUCGGCUGGAAUAGCUACCCUAGCAGGCAACAGAUUAGUAGAACGGUCCCGCUCACGGUCAAGGCAAAGCAAAUACCGGAGGUCAUCUCAGAGAUCAUCCCGAAGAAGGCGUGAGAGCUUUUCUUCGUACGAUAGUCGUAGUUCGUCUCUUGGACGUGAAGAUAACAGACAAAACAAGAAUAAUGGGAUGAGUGUCACUGAUCUUGCUAGGAAAGGUCUAGCUGCGCUUGGACUCGGCGACAAAACUGAUCAUGAUAGGGAUCGAGAAAUUGAUUAUUCAAGUAAGGUACAUAGAAGUGAUUCUAAUCACAAAUAUUCAACUGGAUACCCUCAGCAGAAAAUUCACAUGUAUGAUUCUAAUUACCAUAAUACUGGCCUUGAUCGUAGUCCACGAGAAAGUUCGGCUAGCUCAAGACUUCCACGCUAUUCUAGAAGCCCAAAAAAUCGGCGAGGAAGUCGACAUCCUGCUAAAGAAAUGCGACUCAAUUCAGAAUCAGAAGAGAGCCUUGGUCUUUCACAUGAAGAGGAGAGACGUUUCAGAAAUUCUACACGUAAGUGCUUCAUAUUUGGCUCAUCAAUGUUUGUUUCUAUUCUUGGUUUGCACCACAUGUCUCUCAGCAUAAAAAUGUACAAUUUUUUGCAUAGAAUAAUAAGAAACUUCACCACAAUUAGAGAAUCUGUAGGUCAAGCAUUGUCGCAUUUUGAUACGAAAUCUCUUGCCAUCUUAAUAUUAUUCACCAGAAUUACCAUCUAUACGUAUCAAUCUUUGCCUGAUCAAAAUCAAAACAGCCGAUAA